UUAAAAUUCAUAGCAGCUAGAUACACUUCAAAAUGGCAUCAAUCACCGCGGCGGAGGGCGUGCCGGCACCGUAUAACUCCACGGUGGCCACUCGGCUAGGCCGGAGAAGAAUUCCGAUCCACACCAGCUUCUAUUGGGACCACAAGGUAGACAUACUUUUCCGGUGCUGGCCGGGCGACAGCGUGGGCAUGUAUGUGGUGGCGCUGAUGCUGGUGUUCGCAAUGGCGGUGCUGGUAGAGUGGCUUUCGUUCACCAACAUAGUGAAGCUUAAGCCAGGGGGCUCAAACGACGUCGUUGGGGGGCUAUUGAAGACGGGGCUAUACGGCGUGCGUUCCGGCCUCUCUUACUUGGUGAUGCUGGCCGUUAUGUCGUUUAACGGUGGGGUUUUUAUUGUCGCAAUUGGUGGCCACGUCAUCGGGUUCUUGAUUUUCGGUACUCGAGCGUUCAGAAGGAAGACGGCUGUACCGGACUCGUCUAAGCCGUUGGAUUUGCGAGUUCAGUAAAUGGAACUUUCAAUUGCUUCCGUUUGAUGGAGAUGCAUAUCGUUCCGAACUGUGCAUUUUUUGUGCUUUUGUUAUAUUCUUGAGUAGUGUGGGUUUCUCUU